AGCUGGAUUUCAGAAUUUGUCAGUAUUUGUAUGGUGCCCUUUUGCUGCAUUUUAAACAUGCAUUUGAGAUUGAGCGGACAUCAUUCAUUUAUUUAUAGAUACAUGUUUUCAGUAGGAUUAUUAGUUCAUAUUCUGUAAGCCACAUACAGAAUGUUAAUCUUUUAUUUUCAGUUUAUUGCAGUGCCCAUAACAGCAUCAUGUUGCCUGGAGCGAACAAGCACAGUACUAACAACAGCCAACAGACCAGACAGCACAAUCCCAUCCUCUGUUCCUUUCAGCUGCUGAAGAGCCCACACAGCUCUUUCCCUGCUUUCUCCGCAAGCUGGGUUGAAUUGGAGCAGUCUGUACCAUCGUUUGCUCCUCCAAAUCCACAAACACAUUUCAGAUUACUUAAACACAUCAGGAAGGAAAAAUCUCAUGUUAGCAUCUUAGCUGCUGUAUUGGUUUCAUGAAUCUCGGUUUCAUGUAUAAGAAUAUUCAGGAAAAACUGGAAUCCGGGAAAGAUGGCUGCAUUGUUCUGGGACUUGGAUUAUGCUACAACUCCUCCACAGACACCAGCUCUAGACUUCAGGCAUACUAGACAUGUGAGUUCACCCAUGCAAGACAACUUAGACUGGCCUUCAAGUGAGCAAGUGAAAUUCACAAGAUUAAACCCCUCCAGAACUAAAGGCAAGACAGAAGGAGAAUGGCAUAUGGUAACAGCCACUCGCUCAAUGCUUGGCAGGGAAAGAAGAAGCCAGAGGGAGGGUUUGCAGGACCAGCAGAGAGUGUCUUGCAACAGCUUGCCAAGAGCACACUUUCUCCAGCCAAAUAGAGAAUCAAAUGCUUUUUCACCCUAUGCUAAUGACUUCUGCUUGAAUGGUAGAGAUGCCGAGAGCAUUGCUGAGUCCCCCAGGAACAAUCGUAAGCUGCACCCGCUGACACAGCCAGGCUUCUACAGUCCGAAAGUCCCACGAUCAAAACACUGUGAAGCUGCACAGUCCACAAAAACCUCUUUAAAAGGAUCUUCUUCUACAAACAACCUCAAGGAGUUCUUUGCUCUCACGUUGCCUCUUCCGUGCUCCAAAACCGCUGUUCUCGAAACCAGCCCUUUGUGUUCCAAACCACAAAAAGUUAAAACGUUUGUGGUAGAAAAGCCUCCUUUGAUGAGAGCUGUGGUUUCUCAAACUUCACCGAUCUCAAGUCAACCCGACAAAGAGCACUUCAGCCAACUCCUGCCAAGAGAGGACCAUCUCAUCAAGAACCAGGACUGCAGUUUGUUCAGUCUGCAGGAACCCAAUAGGAAACCUCUUAGAAACGACCAACCUAUCUGGAGUCAGAGCCAGAAUUUGUUUACUGAGGAAAUUUCUACCAAGGAUCAUCUUUCUAUUAACACACUACAUCUGUUCCCUGAACGCCAGUCUAAAGCAGACCAGCCUGAAGCGCUUUGUCCAAAACUGGAAAAGGCAAGUCAUGAAAGAUCUACCUGGAGAGUUGACACUGAUAUUAAACCAUCUCAGGGUGACCCUGACUGGUCAUGUCAAGCCAGCACAGCUAAACAUGACUUCAGCCCAAAACUAAAGAAGACACAGUCCUCACAACACAGAGAAACCAGUGAUGUCAGAAACACUAAGCACAACCAUGUAAAAAGUCAGGUGGAUGUGCACUCAAAGAACGUGUUUGGUCAGCCUCGGGUGAUUGCAUCACUGCGAGCAGCAUGUUCCCCGCGGCCCGUUCGUAAGAGCACAGUGGUGGAGGAAUUGAAAAAACUCAUUGUGAUGGAUGACACAGAGGACAGCUCUCAGGGUGAUUCAUCACCCCUUCAACAAAAAGAGGCAGAGAUUUGCAGCAGUUUGCAAAUGUCAAGUUCAAGCACAAGUUCGUUGUUAUUCAGUCAAGCUUAUCGAUCAUACCCAGAGUCUCCCCCACUCACACCCAUCCAUCUGCAAACACGUCAAACAGAAUGCGGAGCAUUGCCUGAGGAGGCUGAAUUUGACCUAUGGGACCAACAUCCUGAUCCUGAACUCAUGCCCCUGCCAAACACGGCUUGUGAUCUUGAUUGGAAUAGUUUAGUUCAAGCAGCCCAAGAAUAUGAGACACAAAGGAUGGCAGCCCUUUUGUCAGAAAUGAGUCCUGUAUCAAGCAGGCCAGACACACCAUCCAAUGGAACCUGCAAGAUCCACCAAUCCAGUGCCUACUGCAGUGGAGAAGAUUUGGACAGUGACGUAUUCAUUGACUUUCCUGAUCAACUCUCUCACCUGGAAGGGAUGCUUAGGCGACUGAGUAGUGAUCUGCUGAAGGAGAAGAGAGACAAGGUGGCUCUUCUGGCAGAGGUGUUGAAGCUUCGCAUUAGCAACCAGCAUCUGAGAGAGGAGUCCCUUUGUGCAGUCGCACAACUACACAAAAUCAACAACAUUUUAAACACGGCUCCUGGAGAGAUGGAGUAAUGCAGGGUUGCAAGCACAAACUACAAGCCUGGAUAUCAGCACACAUUUUUUGCACUGAUUUUGGAGGCAAAAAUCUGCAAUGUGUUACAUGAAGCCAUUGGUUGCCUGAAAGCUUAAUCAAAUGAUAAUGUUCCAGUUCUUUUGAUCUGUUUUUACUGGUGCAGGUUUCAUGCAAGCUUGAAAACCCAAACAAAAUGAACUCUUUUAUGGUUUAUUAACAGAGCAGUACAACCCAGAACAACUUUCAUGAGGUUGGUAACUCUCUUGGGGAACAUAUUAGAAGAGCUCCUCUAAGGCUUCUUACUGAAUUAUUAGGUUCAGGCUAUAUAAAACCGCUAAUAUCAACAUCAUAAUAAAUAUAUAAAUAUAUGAAGAUAGAUACUUAACAAUUGGCAUUUGUUAUAAAUAAGUAAUAAAAGUCGCAAUGUUUUAUAUAACAAUAUAAAGUCACAGUGAAAAGGCUAAAAACAGUAUAUAUUAAAACACUGAAAAUGUAAAUAUGCUCUAUGAUGAUAAAAAAAAAAAAACAGAAGAACAAGAAAAAAUAUACUUAAAACACAAUAAAUUAGUUCUUUUAAAAUCCCUGAGAUGCAGUUGUGUUAAAUCACAACAGUGAUUAACCUUAAUAAAACUGUAUUGAACUAAACAAUGCAGUUGUUUAAACAUCAGUAGUCUAUUUGUUUUUUAUGCAUAUGUUCUCAGAGCAGUAGGUCAUUGAGGUGUGAAGACCUUCAUUUGACGGCUGCAUACUUGUCUCUAUAGGCCAGUAACAUGUGCAGUGGACUGGGCACAAAGCGUUCUGCCUUCAUUUCUGUUUCGUGUUUUUGAGCACGUACAUUGCGGUUCUGCUGGCAGCUGAAGCUCCAGGCUUUCAAGCUAAAAACGGAGAAAGGUUUUUACAAAAUUAUAUUGCAACAGACAAGCCUGGAUGAAGUUUGGAGAAGUCCUACCAGUACAAACGCCUCUCCUUCUUGGGCAAGAUGUGCCACAGAUUGGCUAACUCCUUGGUGACCGUAGUGGACGGGAUGCCAGGAUAGGAUCUGUUCCAACAUAAUAUCAAAAGUCUGCCAUUAUAUAUUCAGAUAUAUUUAAAUGGGUCUAAUAGUGGUUUUAUCAUUGAAAUAAGAAAAAGAAUAGUCAUGCACACCUGAUAUAUAAUUUUCUGUUAAUUCGGCAGAACAUAAUAAAGCCGUUCACACAUUUCUUCUUAGGGUUUGGCUGUGUUGUAACACGUCCUCUUCUUGAAGUGUUCCUGUGUGAACAGACUUUUCUUGCUCUCUUCAGAGGGACGAGUUGUUUUGGGGUCUCAUCUUCAGAGCUGUUGUUCUCUUCCUCACUCUUGAAGGACAGAUUACUGCUACUUCCAGCGCUCAUGACAAUCUGAAGAACCCAGAAGAUAACAUAAAUAAGAGAGCUCAAAGUAUCUCACUAAUCUAAUAUACAAUAGGGGUCCAAAAGUCAACUAGUGAACAGGCUACUAUAUUUUUUUCCAUUUUAAUUGAUUUUUAUUUAAAUCCCAAUUUUCUCAUUGCUAUUUUCAUCAUAACAUUUGUAGUGAAAUGUUGACCAUCUGCACAAAGGAAUCACGUGAUCAGUGUCACAAACUGAAUACUUCAUUUCAUUUGACAUCAUAAUGUUUCCUGAUUUUACAUUGUUGAAAUGAAAAACAACUUAACCCUAAAA